GGAGGGGAAUCAGGAGAUGGGCCGGGCGAGCAGAUAAGUAGAGGGUAACCCAGCGCCGCGCUGCCAGACGCUCUGCUUUCCUUCUCGCUCUCCUCCCGCAUUGCCCCCCGUUUGCCACCCCGGACGAUGCUGUUGGCAGGGCUGUUCCUGGCGCUCUGCGCUCUGUCGCCGUGCCCGGCGGUGCUCGGCGCUGCGCGGCCGCAGCUGCUGGUGGAGAGGAGCGGCUCCUGGAUGCUGCGGAGGGCUGAUGGCUUUUCCUGGGAGGACUGUGGUAACGGGCAGGAUCCCGUCGUAAUCCAGAGCCUCUCGGUGUCACCCGACCCCGUCAGCAUCCCGGGGAAUCUGAGCAUCAGCGCGGCCGUGAGCAGCAGCGUGGCCAUUACCUCCCCCCUGAAGGUGGUGCUGGUGGUGGAGAAGGCCUUGGGUGAUCUCUGGAUCCAACUGCCCUGCGUCGACCAGCUGGGCAGCUGCACCUAUGAUGAUGUGUGCACCAUCCUCGACGACCUCAUCCCACCUGGCACGUCCUGCCCGGAGCCGCUGCUCACCUACGGCAUCCCCUGCCACUGCCCCUUCAAGGCGGGCUCCUACUCACUGCCCACCAGCGACUUCACCCUGCCCGAAAUCGAGCUGCCCUCCUGGUUGACCAACGGCAACUACCGUGUGCAGGCGGUGGUCAGCAACAAUGACGAGGAACUCGCCUGUAUCAAGCUGGGCUUCUCCCUUAAGUCCCAAUGAGGGGCUGGGGGCAUCUCUUCUCUCCCCGCUGCCUUUUUGAUUCAUCUCAUCCCAUCCUACUCCAACCCAACCCGUCCAUCCCAUCCUCAUCCCUUCUCCAUCCCAUCCCGUGUCCAUCCCGCAUCUGCUGCCCUGUGUGUCCAUGCACCUCUACCACCCUGUCCUUCCGUGUGGCCCCAAACUGACACUUGAAGCAGAAGGAGAGGAAAGCUUUGGGUAGGCUCAGGAGCUCUGCCCAGCCCCGUACCUGCAGGGUCAGAGACUCUGCUGCCAGGAGGAGGUCCCCUGUUGUACCCACAUGGUAAAUCUUCUCCUGCCAAACAUAGAAGGUCCCCCCUCGCUGUCCCUCUGUCCCCAACCUCACCACCAGUGUCCCCAGCCUGGAAGGGGUGGCUUUGGAGCCUACCCCCAGCCUUUUGGGGUAACAAUUUUUUAUUCUCUUACCUUUUUUUUUUUUUUUAAUUUUUUUUUAAAUUUUCUUAAUCCCAUCAAGGGAGUUUCAAACAAAAACAUUCCAGGGAAAAGCAAUAUUUCUUGAAGGUGGAAAGGAAGGAAUACGUGGAGAAAGCAGGGGCUGGAGGGGGGCAGGGUGAGCUGUGCAGGUGUCCACACCCACCUGUACUGAUGUAUAGAUGCAGGUCCCCCUCAUCUCAUGUUGCCCACUGAGCUGGGGCAAGGUGCUGCACUCCAGCACAGGACCAGCAGCCCAGGUCCUAUCUGGGGACCCCUCAGCUUGGCUGACACCAGUGUGACCAUCCCCCCAUGCCUGUAUCAGCUCCAGAGGUGCAAGUGGCCCAUCACCACCACUUCAUUGAUCACUUCUACCCAACACCUUGUAGGGUUGCUCUUCCUCCCAGCGCUGUGUGUGCCUUAAUUCCAGCAUGGAGCAGUGGGAAGUACUUUGCCUGCAGCUGUUCUCCCCGUGCUCUGUGCCCCGAGCUCUCCCCAUCUCACUCUGUUGCAGCAUGGGGUCAUUCUGCUUGGAGAAGAGCUCACCCUCCCACCCUGCUUCCCUGCUCACAGCCCGUGCCCAAUGGCACCCUCCUUUCAGGCGGGUUCUUAAUAAAUCUUUCUGCCACAA